UUGCUUUCAAAUGACGCGUUUGACACUUCUGUCAUUUCACUUUUACAUACGUGUCAAGCUAACUUGCGCGUUUGGCUUUAGCAGCCCUUAAUUUUAGGAUUUAAUUGACAAAUAUAACUGCAAAUCAUAAAAAAUGGCCCCCAAACAGAGGAUGCGUAUUGCCAACGAGAUUGCCAGCAAAAACAUCACCAUGCGAGGAAAUGUCCCCAAGUCUACCAAGGAAAAGGACGACCAAUACCCCGUCGCGCCUUGGUUGCUCGCUCUCUUCAUUUUCGUCGUGUGCGGAUCAGCAGUUUUCCAAAUAAUCCAAUCUAUAAGACUUGCCUAAGUCCUCCUGUGAUUCCCACCCCUGACUGAUACCUUACCAUUGUGGCUUGAAUCGUUUCCUACAGGCUAACCUCUAACAUUUACGAUAGCCUAGUACCUUUUUGAAAGGACUUGAUUAAAAGACAAAAUUGAAACUGGCUCAGUUUAAACAUCUCUCACGAUUCUGUGCCCCUGGUACUUUGUAGAUUUUAGUUUUAGACUAUUUUGUGUGGAACUAAUUUAAAGAUUAAUCAUGUCUCGUCCCAAUUAUGUAUAUUUUUUGUAAGAUCAUACAUAGAAACAUAAUGAAACUUUUCAAGCCACGAGCCCCGUAGUAAAUUACAAUAAAUUUUAUAAUAUUGUUCACGAUAGGAACUUGUAUAGUAAAGUUCCUUCGUGGACAGUGACUGCGCCUCAUGUAGCUUUCAAAGUUGCAUUUCUUUAUACUUAGUUAUUCUUAAGCGCAGUUUUUAAAACAAUAUAAUCUCAAGAAAAACAUAAUUGUACGUACUAUAUUCUUGUAUAUUGUAAAAAAUGAAUUUAAUAUUAAGGUGAAGAGAAAAAUCGAGAGCAUUUAGCCAAAUGUUGUUGAAAUUCAUUCCUAUAAGUUUUAUUCGAGAAUUAAGUGUUUGACGCACAAUAACGCGACUUUGUUCGUCAAAGUCGAUAGUUUUUUUUUAUGUUUAUUUGAUUUUAGUUCAAUUUUAAUUGUAAAAAAUGAAAUUGUUUUAUAUCCGCGCCACGCUAACGAAAUUAUUUGUCGGUACUAUUUUUAAUUUUAAAUGUAAUUUAUUUGAUUAAAUACAGUAUAUUUGUCAUAUUAAA